AUGGACAUAGCGCAAACAGCCGACAAGCAGGGCGAGGCGAGUCUGCGGGGGAACUGUUUCACCCUGAGCAAGCAGAUGGAGUGCACGGCGAACGAGACGCAGCGCAGCAGCGACGAGUGCCUGGCAUUCUGCAGCAUGUCGCGGGAGCUGGGGCCGUGCGACGGGCACGGAGCGUGUGUGCCGCCGCAGGCGGGGGCAGCAGAGGCGCGCUUCACGUUCCUCUCCACGGGUGCAGUGGUGGGCAUCGCUGUGGGCUCUGCUGCCGCCUUUGCUCUCCUCCUCGCUCUCGUUGUCGCGCUGCUCUGGCCCCGCCAACGCCGUGCGGCCGAUGGCGUCGCUGUGAGGGCGAUGGCGUCGCUGCGGCAUGAGCACGUGGUGCGCCUGUUGGGCUUCUGCCUGCAUCAGAACGUGGAGAGCGGCCAGCAGGAGCAGAUCCUCGUCUACGAGUUCGUGCCCAACGGGGACCUCAACUUUGGCGUGGUGCUGUUGGAGUUGCUGACAAGGCAGAAGGCAGCUGUGGAGGGCACAGACAGCCACAUCAGUGACUGGGCGGCGCGCAAAGUGCAGGUGUACGAGCUGGGGGAGCUGAAGGACGCGGGGCUGGAGGCGCCGGACGAGGCGGUGGUGGAGCUGGCAGACAUUGCACUGGACUGCCUCAAGAUGCCCGCCUCGCGCCACCCCCCCAUGAAGGACGUCGCCCGCCGCCUCCACAACCUCCUCUCGCUCUACUGCAGCGAUGGCGACAGCCACUCCUCCCUUGCAGAGCCCAGCCUGAGAGUGGAAGGAGGGGGUGUGAGGGGCGAGGGCGGCAGCACGGACACGUUUGGAAGGAGCGGGUGGUCGGAGGGAACGAGUGGAACGUCUGCUUCCAGGAGUCUCAUCCAUUCGUUGUCUGAGAAGUGGCGCAUGAUUGAAUAG